GACCUUUAGCCUUCUCGGACAAAGAAUCCUGGUUCCUCACCAAACUAAAACUCCUAGGAUUGCAUAGCACUGAGCCAUAACAAAGUGGUGUCAAACUGCAUUAACUCUGCAGUUUAGUAGAUGUACCCACUGUGGCUCAGAGGGAGGCCUGCUUUUUCCUUAGAAGCCUCCUUUGAACUUGAGCACCCUCCUCUGCCCCCUCUUAUUCCCCCCUCCUCUUCUUCAUCUCCUCCUUUGCUUCCUUUUAUUGUUCCCCUAUUUCUUCUUCCUACUCCUCUUCUUCCCCAUUCUCCUCCUCUUCCUCCUCUUUUUUAUUUAUUUACUGUGUUUAUAUCCUGCUCUUCUCACUCCUGAAGGGGGACUCAGGACUGCUUACAAAUUAUGGCAAUAUGUGUAAUUCAAUGCCAGAUUCAGACAAUAUCAAUAACAGUAAAACACAAUAUUAGAGCCCCUAGUGGUGCAGUGGGUUAAAGCUCCGAGCUGCUGAAAUUGCUGAUCGAAAAGUCAGCGGUUCAAAUCCAGGGGGCAGGGUGAGCUCCUGCUGUUACCCCAGCUUCUGCCAACCUAGCAGCUUGAGAAAAUGCCAAUGUGAGUAGAUCAAUAGGUACCACUCCGGUGGGAAGGUAAUGGCACUCCAUGCAGUCAUGCCAGUCAGAUGACUUUGGAGUUGUUUACAGACAAUGCUGGCUCUUCAGCUUAGAAAUGGAGAUCAGCACCAAUUGCCAGAAUCCGACAUGACCAGACUUCAUGUCAGGGGAAAACCUAAACCUUGACCUAUAACACAAUAUUAUAAAACUGUUAAAAUAUACAUAUCAAUUAAAAUAAUAUUUCAAACAAUUAAAACAUAUCAAAAGUAUCAAAAGUCUAGCUCCAACUGAGCUUUGCAAACAUUGACCCAAUUGCUUUGCUGUUCUUCCGUCAUACUUAUGGGUCAUGUUAAUUCCCAAAGGCUUGCUUAAAUUGCCAGGUCUUAAGAUUCUUUCUGAGGCUUAAGAGAGAGCGGGCUGUUCAGCCCCCUCCUUUCUAAAGGACAGGAGGGAGGGAGCUGAUCUAAUAUCACCAGGGAGGGAGUUCCACAGCCGAGGGGCCACCACUGAGAAGGCCCUGUCCCUCGUCCCCACCAAGUGCAAAGGAGAUGGGACUGAGAGCAGGGCCUCUCCAGAAGUUUAUAACCUUUGAGAUAGUUCAUAGAGGGAGAUACGUUCAGACAGGUAAGCUGGGCCAGAACUAUUUAGGGCAGUGGUUCUCAACCUGUGGAUUUCCAGAUGUUUUGGCCUUCAACUCCCAGAAAUCCUAACAGCUGGUAAACUGGCUGGGAUUUCUGGGAGUUGUAAGCCAAAACACCUGGGGACCCACAGGUUGAGAACCACUGAUUUAGGGCGUUAUAAGUUAAAGCCAGCAUUUUGAAUUGUGUUCGGUAGCAGACUGACAGUCAGUGGAGCUGAUGCAACAGGGGAGUUGUAUGCUCCCUGUGCCCCCCUCAGGCAGUACAGACUACUGGAGAGCUAAAUUCGCACAACAGAUGUGAACACAACAACCCAAAAAGAUUCACAGAUGAAGAAGAAAGGCUUCCGUUUGGAGAGUAUGAAGAGGAGAAGGCUUUGGGUGUGAGCUACAACUCCCUCUGUCCUCAUGCAUGCACUGAAAACAUGUCCGCGUACCAGAAUGGCUGUGGAAAUGGCACCUCGGUUGCCUGUAUAGUGAUGGAUAAGAAAGAAUCUAGGAAUAAUGCUACCUCAUUAUGUCAUAAUGGGAGGUGUGACAUGAGCAGCAGCUAUGAAAAUGAAAGCCAGGAGGAUAAAACCAGCCCUUCCAAAAUCAUGCGCUUUUUUUCCAUCAACGUGGAAAGGCCUCACUCCUUGAUAGUGAUGGGGAACUCCUCAACGUGGAAUGCGUUGUCUUCUAUUAGAAAAAUGGGAUCGUUCAAGAAGUUAAAAUCCCCGGUUCUCCCAGGAAUUCCAGGCACGGAAGAUGCGGACAACUUACACACCAGCAUUUCAGAUAAUGAUAUGAGAAAGCGUGUCCCAAACAAUGCAACUGUGAGAGUUCAGACUAACAGGUAUUCUUAUUCAGGGCCCCUGCAUGAUUUGCAGAGUACAGCAGAUAACUCUGUAGUUUCUGAUAAUUCAGAUGGGGAGGAAAGCGACGAUUCCUUCCUACGGAAUACUCGUCGGUCACGCAGCAUCAGGCGUGCCUAUGGGGUUGGCCGUAUAAAUUUAUUAGACACUGACAAAAUUCAGGAUCAUCAGGACAGCACAAAGAACAUGUCCCCUACCAUCCAGGAACCCCAGAUAUGCGAAAUUGUCGUGAAAGAUUCUGAAAGCAGCAAAGUCAUCUACAGGAGGAGCAAGAGCACAGAUAACCUGAACUUUCUGAAAAAAAGUUCAUUCAAAAGGAAGUCAACCUCAAACCUCACUGACCUCAGAGUUGUAAAUGAAAAGCAAACUCCUCCGAGGACAACAAGCACUUCGUCCGCCGACUCUGACAAAACCCACAGGAACUCCGAGCGGAGAUCAAAACGCUGGAAAAGCCCCAUCAGAGCGAAGGAUUUUGACCGAGUUUUGAAGCUUGUCAGCAAUGUCACUGAUGUUGCGUUGAAGAAAGACAGUCCGAAGAGUGAAAUUCCACCUUCCAACGAGCAGAACCAGAGAACGAGGCCAAACAGUAGGCUGCAUGAUGAUUAUUCGCGCCGGGUUUCUAGCAACACUGAAAAUGAGAAGCGGAAAUGCCCACCUUCCCGAAGUAGUCAAGAUUCAACAGUUUGCAGAUCUAGCGUCCAGAGUUCUGAAAAUGACAAUGCUGGGACAACGGUGUUAACCCUUGAUGCCAGCAGCAAUAGGAUAUCCUCUUGUGAACUUUCGGACUCUAUUUGUUUAUCCCCUCCUCUUCAGGACAUGGAGCCAAUUCCAAAUGAAGUGUUUUAUGAAGACUCAGAAAGGCCCCAAAGUUCCAGCCAGUUUACAUGCACCACCCAGCAUCCUGUCGUCCCUCCUAGGCCUUCUGUGCCCAAGCCUCAGAGCCCCAGUAUUGAAAACAUCAAGUGCAAUAUGAAUUCCCACUGCCCCGACCGGCACAGCACCUUGUCGCUCAGCUCAAUGGAAAGUGAGGAAAGGGGGGAGGGUCCUUCCACAAAGCUGGGAAAAAGUCCUGUUUAUUUCCAGGACUCCGUGCAAGCUGUGUACUACGACGACACAAAUGAAGACAGUGGCAUCAGCAGCCACUCCCAGCUAAGUCUCAAUUUAGCUCUGAGUGCUGAUGAAAAGAAGGAAGAGGUUGUUACUGAUGAUCACUGGAAGAAGAAUCCCCCAAUUCAAGAUGAAGAAAGAACGGAUGCUCAAAAAGUCACAACUAGAAGAUGGGGUUCUGGAAAGAGAUCGCGACCUCGACCCCUCUCAGAUUACGGCCAGCUGGCAAUUAGGAGUUUCUCAAUACCAGAAGAUUCUGUCCCCGUGGAGACUCCGGAAGUGGACUGUGUGGAUGAUGGGAGUGAGUCAAGAUCACCUCCCAAUGACCCAUUGACUUCCACAGUAGCCAACCAAAGAGGACACAAAAGAAGACCCAUCUCGGUUAUUGGUGGGGUCAGUUUUUAUGGCAACAAGCAAACAGAAGAAAUAACAGAUCUACUUACACAACCACUUUCCCGCCCUCCGGUACCAGCACAUCAGGUUCCUCCUUACAAGGCUGUCUCGGCCAGAUUCCGUCCCUUCGCCUUUUCGCAAAGCACACCCAUCGGUCUGGAUAGAGUUGGAUGCAAGCGGCAAAUGAGAGCGUCUCAUGGUGCUGUAGAUGGUGGGACUGAGUCUUCUGCCUUAGGGGAUGACAACGGUAGUGAGGAAGAUUACAGCUAUGAGGAGCUCUGCCAAGCCACCCCGAGGUAUUUGCAGCCUGGAGGAGAACAGCUAGCCAUCAACGAGUUGAUAAGCGAUGGGAGCAUGGUGUAUGCAGAGGCACUCUGGGAUCACGUGACCAUGGAUGACCAGGAAUUAGCCUUCAAAGCUGGGGAUGUCAUCCAAGUCCUUGAAGCUUCAAACAAGGACUGGUGGUGGGGAAGAAAUGAGGACAAGGAAGCCUGGUUUCCGGCUAGUUUUGUCAGGCUUCGAGUCAACCAGGAAGAACUUGCAGAAAACUGUGGCAGCCUCCAAGAUGAAGAGCCAAAUGCAGAACCUGGGAAACACCGUCAAAAAAUGGCAGAAAACAAGGAUCAGAUGAGAACAAAUGUUAUUCGGGAAAUAAUGAAUACAGAACGAAUCUACAUCAAACACCUCAAGGACAUCUGUGAAGGGUACAUUCGGCAAUGUCGUAAACAUACCGGCAUGUUCACUGCAGCCCAGCUAAACACAAUAUUUGGAAAUAUCGAAGACAUUUACAAAUUCCAAAGAAAAUUCUUAAAAGAUCUAGAAAAGCAGUACAACAAAGAAGAGCCCCACUUAAGUGAAAUAGGAGCCUGCUUUCUUCAACAUCAAGAAGGUUUUGCCAUAUACUCCGAGUAUUGCAACAAUCAUCCCAGUGCCUGCAUUGAACUCUCCAACCUGAUGAAACAGGGCAAGUACCGCCACUUCUUUGAGGCUUGCCGCCUACUGCAGCAAAUGAUUGACAUUGCCAUUGAUGGUUUUCUGCUCACACCUGUUCAGAAAAUCUGCAAAUACCCGCUGCAACUGGCAGAAUUACUUAAAUAUACCACUCAGGAACACAGUGACUACAAUGACAUAAUCGCAGCCUAUGAAGCCAUGAAGAAUGUUGCUUGCCUGAUCAAUGAACGGAAACGAAGGCUAGAAAGCAUAGACAAGAUUGCUCGCUGGCAAGUGUCUAUAGUCAACUGGGAGGGCCAAGACAUUUUAGGCAGAAGCUCUGAACUGAUCCACUCGGGAGAACUGACUAAAAUCUCCAAGCAAGGCAAAAGCCAGCAGAGGACUUUCUUUCUCUUUGACCAUCAACUUGUAUUCUGCAAGAAAGACCUGCUGAGAAGGGACAUGUUGUAUUACAAGGGCCGCAUGGACAUGGACGAGGUGGACGUGCUGGACGUUGAGGAUGGCAGAGACAAGGACUUAAAUAUCAGUGUAAAAAAUGCUUUCAAGAUUGUAAAUACUGUUACAGAAGAGGUCCAUCUGUUCUGUGGGAAAAAACCAGGGGAUAAGAAGAAGUGGCUGGAGGCCUGUGCUAGUGAGAGGAGGCGAGUGCAAGAAGACAAAGAAAUGGGAAUGGAAAUAUCAGAAAAUCAAAAGAAGCAAGCCAUGCAAAAUGCACGGAAGUCCAGGCACGGAAAGAUGAAAGGCGUCUACAGUGGGUGCCCAGUGGCACCGCCCCACCAGAGUUUACAUCCCAUCCACCAACGUCACAUCACGGUGCCCACCAGCAUCCCACAGCAACAGGUGUUUGCCCUGGCAGAGCCAAAACGGAAGCCAUCCCUUUUCUGGCACACUUUCAACAAAUUGGCCCCAUUCAAGAAAUGAAUGCUUGCUUGGUGGUUCCCGAACUAAAAGACCUUCUGGUAAAGAAGAGCCAUUUGCCAGCAAACAAUUCAUUGGUUCAGCUGGAAUACCACAGAUUCUGUUCUGGAGGGAAAGGGUUAAGAUCUUCUUAACCUUUUUGCUGUAAUCUGUUGAGAAGGAUGAAGUUCAGACUCUUCACUUGAAGAAGGCUGUGUGUGAGCUGAAGCUAUUGUUGGUGCGUGUCAAUAAACAUUGUUAAUGAGGAACCCGUCACUUGGUCACAAAGGCAACUUGCUUCAAGCCCAGAACAGUGGCAUAGUGUUCAUACUGUACUUGUACCAAAGGAAUGGUUAAAAUCUCUUGGUCAUUUUGCCUGUCUUAAUAAUGAAUCAAUGGCCAAAUUUAGAAAUAGGAAGGCAAGCAAUUCUGUUCCCUGCACAGCAUGUUUGCAAAGCGAGGUUUCACCUCUGCAGGCAAGUGGAUCUCAUGUGAUCAAAUUGCUGCUAAUGCAAGAACUGCUGAACCUCAGGCCUUCCUGUUUGUCUUAAUAUGCUGUCUUUUUCUGUUAAUUUAACGAAGUGGGAAAAGGACUUCCUGCAAAGCCUUAACAUUUGUCCCACAAAAUGGGAGCAACUGUUAAUUUGAUGACAUAAAUAAAUAAACAUGCAUUUUUAUUUGCUGUUUGAUAUAAUGAAGGAAGGGACCCAAUGCAUUGUGGGUUUUAUUCUUACCAAAAGUGGUUAUUUUGUUGCAUGAAUUGUAUGCUUUUCAGAAAAUAGUGUUGUUUUAUUUUGUUACCUGCAGCUUUUGGGAAUUGCUUCUGUGAUUUCUAGUAUGCCUGCUUUUACACUAUGUAAAACUAUGCUCAUUUUAAUGGCACUACUAUACAAAAAUACAAAUAAUAUAAAGCAACAGAAAUGUGGGAAAGUGUUCAGAGAAAGUAUGUUUUGGUAGUUAUAUCCCAUAAAUACGGGCAUUCUUUUGCAUGAGUCCUAGAAAAGAUCCCUCCCAAAGUUUCCAAACUGGUAUUCGAUUUGUUUUUCUUCAAGUACACAUGAAGAAGCUGUUUCACAACAUUUCUUUGAUGUGACAUCAAAAGGAUCCUACACCAGGGACCAUCUGGUGUCAUCAGAAAUGAACUUUGAUAAAAACUCAGGUCAAAUGGGACCCAUUUAUGAAUUAUUAAAAUAGUAUCUCUUUCUUUUGAUUCACUUUGUUCUGUGAACGGAAGUUGUUUUUUAAGAUAACUUUUACAAAAUAUUCCACUAUCAUAAAUUAAAAUUUAUGGUACAUGCUAUUGCUUCCCUGAUGUUACAGCAUGUACCAUUUUUUACUUAGUGGUCAUAUAUUAUAAAACCUAUACUAGUAUGCAUUGUUAGUGGGGUAAACUGAGACAACAGACAUAUUUCAUGUUUGAUUUCUUGAGUACAAGUCAAUUCAACUGGCCAACUUAAGUUGAAAAACUGGGACAUUUUCUAACAAGGAAGGAUUCACAAUUUUUUAAAACUGGGGAAGCAUGUUGAUGUUUUGGGUGUAAAUCUGUUAAAGUUUAUAGUUUAACAGUUGCAUUAUGUGAAAGGCAAUGAGCCAAGUUUCUUAAUCACAGGGUAAAAUAUAAACCAUGUUUGCCUGUUAGCCUAAUAUUUGCUAAGAAUUUAAUCCCUUUGAAUUCAAUGGCACUGCCUUUUGAGUAGACAUGAUUAAAUGUGAGCUGUUAAUUCUCUUCCUUUUCUUUUCUCUCUCCAGUCAAAGACAGCACUUUUGUUCCAAUUUAUUUCAGUAGGAAUGUAUACAUUUUUAAAAAAAAUUGAACUCAGUGAAAUUUAAAAGUCCCACAGUUUGGUUGGAUUUUGUUACAAUAUACAUACAUAAAAUAAAAGAUGGUUCACUUGAUUGGCAGCUUCUGUAAUAAACAAAAAUGCUGUAUACUGUAUGCUCAUGUAUAAGUCUAGACGUUUAAGUGAAAAAAUCACGCACACCCCUUCACAAAACUGGGUCAACCUAUCAAGGGGUCAGUGCGAAUAGUGUACAUUAACUCUUUACCAAAAAAGGACCAAGCUCUUCUGAGCCCUCUGUGGCAUUCACAUGACACACUGUUCGACUAAGUCACCUUACACGCGGAGCAAUGCCACGUAACGCAGCUUGGCCCUGUGUUAACUGAAGUUGGAGAAUGCCCCUCAGAGUUUCCCCACACUUUGGCCACAUGUAACAGGUGGAAUAGUUCCGAUUCAGAAGAAGCACCAACCCACUCUACUCUUUCCAGUGUAUCACUGCUUCUGACCUUCUUAAAUGUUUGGGCAGGAAAAUGGCAAUGGCCAGAGGCAGCUUACCCCCUAAAGUAGCAGUGAAGCUUCCCUUUCUCAACAAUGGCCCUCGACUUAUCCACAGGUCACAUCAAAAUCCACAAUUUUGGCCCCUAAACUUGCUCUCAACUUAUAUAUUAGGUUGCCUUACAUACAAGCAUGUACAGUAUGUUGUGAGAACGUGCACAUGUUGACAGAAAAUAACUUUGUAUGUGUUGAUGGGUGUAUAUUAAAACAAUUGCUUUCAGUUAUUCAUGUUCUAUAAUAAUAAUAAUAAUAAUAAUAAUAAUAAUAAUAAUAAUAAUAAUAAUAAUAAUUUUUACCCUGCCCCAUCUCCCAACAAGGGAGAUUCUGUUAUAGCAGAAUCUACCAUGCUGUGAUUCUCAGUGCUUGCUUUUCAGUAUUGAUUCCUCCCCCCCACUCCCAAAAUGUAACAGCCAAGAACUGGAUUUAUGGAAUUAUAAACUGGCAUUUUACUUAAAACUCUUUCUGAAUUAUUAAGUAAAUUACUGCAAUGGAUAUCUAUAUUUGCUACAAAAACAGAUGCCCCUUUAGCUGUACAUUUAUCAUUUGCUUUAGGACUACAACCCUAAAUGUGUAGAGGUUGGGAAAGCAAGGAUUUUCAACUCUCACUCAAUUCAACUUGCUCCACUCGCAUUUUAAAAAUUCGACCUGAAAUUAUUUCAAACAAGAAAGACUUGGAACUAAAUGUGAUAUAUUCUUACCUCCUCGUAGAAAGGUGCUAGCUUGCUAUGCUCUUUUCUAGGGAGGUCUUCAGUCUUUCCAGUUGACGAUCUCUGGCUACUGAAUGUACUAAAUCCUGUUGAAUAUGACAGAAGCUUGCUGCCUUAGGCUUGUACUUAUGCAACCCUUUCACAUUACACAAUUGUUCCACCUUAACUGUCCUGGAUCCAUCCUCAGGGAUCCUGAGGUUUUAGGGGAGGAUAUUCAGAAUUCUGUGCAACAAGAGUCCAAGCGCCUCACCAAAUUACAAACCCUAUGAUUCCAUAGUUUGAACCCAUAGCAGUUAACCUGUAAAGCUGAAAUUGUGUAGCCAGAAAGAACUUUCCAUUUUGCUGAUCCUGUUAACUCCAUUUCUGUUGGAUUUCCGUGUUAGAAAUGACUGACAGUUAGACAUAGAUCAGGAUGCUUGUGUUCAUUAACAUUUCAAAAUACUCAACACUUUGUGAGAGGCUACAGGAUUAGAAUGAAACAUCAACCCUACAAAACAUAACAAUUCCUAUGCUGAAUGCUGAGUUUCUAAAAAUUACUUCAUGCUGCCUAUUUUACAGAAAAUUCAGGAUGUUGAUUCAUUCUUACCAGGGUCUUUUUGCAAAAUCUUUUUCAUUGUUUGCCUGGAACUAGACUGUUUCAGCUAAUAAGGCACUCCUUGACAUAUCCAAGUGAUGUUUGUCAAGAGAAGUUGUGCUUUUGUUGUGCUUGGAAAAGGUUACCCUUUUCACCACAACUCCCAUUUACAUUAAGCAAGUACAAUCAGUGGGAGUUGUAGUCCAAAAGAUUCAAAUUCUGAGAGUUGUCCGGAUACAACUUCUCAAAACUCUUGAGUAUACAAAACAAGGCAAUAUAUGGAUAUAUCCAUAUCUUCUGCUGAGACCAAUAACCUGGGUGUGGCACCCAAGUUAAAAUUGUUUUGUGUGAGAAGUGAAGUUUACUACAGGUUCCUGUGGGCAUUAUUUAUAUCUUUAUUCUCAUUAGGAUUACUCUUUGUGUCUUUCCCUUCCAGACCAACUACUGUUACUGUUUUCACACUGAUAAAAAGGCAAAAAGCUCAUACUUGCCUGUAGUUUCAUUGAUGUUACUUUCUUCAGGAAAUUCCCAAAUAUUGCAAAGACUUAUAUCAUUACUCAGGUCACUUAGGAACAAUGUUCUGCACAUACUAUAUGUACAAACCUUUACUGAACCAUUUCUGCCCCCACUCCCCCUCCACACACACCUUUGCAAUCUAUUUUUGCUUUGUAUGAAGAUGUUUACUGCAUGUUAGAGUGCACAAGUUAAUAACAGGUUAUUUUUUGUUUUUAUUCUUAAUUUAAUUUUCAAAUGACUUUGGAAUCCUAGGAGGCCAGAAAAAUCCACUAAAUUUAUAGUAUCACGGGCUCUUGGAUGCAAAUGUUAUGCUCUCAACCAACGUGACAUUACCCAAGAAAUUCAGGGUAGUUCUGGCCAGGAUCCAAAGAACAAUUUCCACUUAAUCUUGCCCAGUAUUUUUUUUGAAUCCCACCUUCACUUCCACCUCAAAGAUUACUGUGAUGUAUUGCAAACUAAUUUUACAAAUCUGCACACAUUUGCACUAAAACCCCUUUGAGCACACAGAUAACAGUGGAGGGGUUUUUGACCUCCUGAUCCAGGUAUAUGUGAAAAUCAGCUAUAUAUUUAUGAUGACUCUAACACAGCUCAUCAUAUGCUUGCCGUGAUAAAAGUCUCAUUACUUUCAUUCCAUUUGAAAUAAUACAGUUGACUUGAACUGCACAGAUCAAUAUCACUGUUGUACCCACAUCAGAAUUAAGCUCAUUGGCUGUGACAAUAAUGCUGCCGGCAGAAAUGCCCCAUAGACAUUGUGAUGACAGGGGAUACAGAUCUAUCUUCACUCAUAUUCUACCAUUAUUCUCAAUUUCGAGCCCACACAUAUUGUCAGACUACUUCAUUUCACUAUUUAUUUAAUGUCAUGUAUUUAAUUUAUAUCUUGCCUUUCUCCCAAUAAGAACCCAAGGUGACUUGCAAUGGACGAACAUACUAUAUUAGAUACAAAAGAUGAAAAACAAGUAACCAUAUUGAAAUCAUUUAGACAGUUUAAAAAGGCAAUUGAAAUGUAGUAGUAAUAGUAGUAGUAGUAAUAAUACAGACCUCAUCAUCCCUGCUUAUUAGAUGUGUUGGUUGAGGAUGGUAGGAGUUGUAGUUCAACCAUCUCUAGGGACCCAAAGUUUAGAACCGAUCAAUUAACACUGUAGAGCACAAUUGAUGCCUCACAUCACUAAAGCACUGACCAUUGGCCUUUAUACAUGGAAAGAAGAAAAGGAUACACUUUCUCUUUUCCACUGGCAGCAAACGCUAGCUCCCUUGCUUCCUACUAGAAUGUUAUUUUUCUCCAGAUAAUGGCAUUAACAAUUGAAAUAUUUCACAUAUUGCUGUGUUUUUUAAAAACUGGCGUUUUAUUUUUUAGCUUGGAGUUUGAGCCAAAGGACAUUAGCCAUAAUAAAAUGCUAUACUGUAUAUUGUCUGCUGCCUUUCUUUCUCAAUGUGUAUGACAACUGCAUAUGGAAGAUGCCUUCCAAAUUAAUAUGUAGUUUAAAAUUAUUAUACUUACUAGCGCUGCUUUCUUUAACUUGUAGCUGUUGACAGCUAAAGCAUAAUGUAUAAGAUCCUUUUACAUUCAUAUAUAUAUAUAUAUAUAUUUGCUGUUAAGUAAUCUAUGUGGCCAGAUUUGUUUGCAUUCAGGAUGUAGGCUUAUCUUUACAUUUUAAAAGAUCUGUUUUCAUAAAAUGUAUAUACAAACAUGCAUUCCACUUACCUUGUUCUAACUGGUUUAUGGUUUAAUUUGUGUAAGUUGACAUUUCUCAGAUGUGUCUUAUAAUUUCAUUGUACAGUUAUAAUUUUUGUGACUUUUUCAUAGUGUAUAAAAUCCUGGAUGUGAGCUUUAAGUAUUCGAAGGCCAAAAUUAUUGUGUUUUUCUAUAUUUGGCUCACUCACAGUUUUGUGCGAUGAAUCUGAGGUCAAAGAAAUGAAUUGCACCAUGCCUAAACAGAACUGCCUUUUUCAAAUUCAAGCAGAUUGAGAGAUCUGUAUUCCAGACUUCUAUUGUAGGAUGCGCUUUUGUUUCAUCACUGAAAAUUAUUAUUUCAACUAUCUGUAUCACCCUGACACCAAAAACUACUUUCAUAUCAAUGAAUUUGCAAAUAAAAUAGAGAGUGAGCAUUUUUCCUUUAA